CAUAUCUGAAGUUGAUAAAUUAAAAUUGAACGUGCGUGAUUAACCUUUCUGAAUAGGAAAAAAAUACACAACACUCUUCACUUGCGGAACAUGAGCGUUUAUCCUCGGUAGCUUUUCAGUGUUGAAAUUGAGCAUGCGCGUAGCGAGAGGGUUGGUCCUCUGAAAUUUGAACAGAACAGAAACUGCUGGUUCGGGGACUGUCAGUUGCUCACUUUUUUGAGGGAAUAGGCCUAGUUUGUGGCUCAUCAUGUCAAUAGUAACAGUGCAACUUGGUCAGUGUGGCAAUCAGAUUGGUUUUGAAGUGUUUGAUGCCUUAUUUAGCGACUUACACUGUUCCCAGGUACUCUGCUCUAGGAAAGAUACUGAGGCAUAUCAAGCAUCUUGCAAAGAAAGAUUCUUCAGUGAGGAAGAAAAUGGAGUUCCAGUUGCCCGGGCUGUACUUGUUGACAUGGAACCUAAAGUUAUCAAUCAAACACUGUCAAAGGCUGCUCAGUCUGGCCGAUGGAAAUAUGGUCAGCAUGCAUGCUUCUGUCAAAAACAAGGUUCUGGAAACAACUGGGCAUAUGGUUACUCUGUUCAUGGACCCAGGCAUGAAGAAUCUAUAAUGAACAUAAUCCAGAAGGAAGCAGAGAAAUGUGACUCUUUGAGUGGUUUUUUCAUCAUAAUGAGUAUGGCUGGGGGCACAGGAUCAGGGCUAGGAGCCUUCGUUACACAGAAUUUGCAAGAUCAGUACUCAAACUCUUUGAAAAUGAAUCAGAUUAUAUGGCCUUAUGGAACUGGUGAGGUUAUCGUUCAGAACUACAACUCCAUUUUGACUCUUUCUCACUUGUACCGAUCUUCAGAUGCUCUGCUUAUUCAUGAGAAUGAUGCUGUUCAUAAGAUCUGUGCAAAAUUGAUGAAUAUCAAGCAGAUAUCCUUCAAAGAUAUAAAUCAAGUCCUCGCACAUCAGCUGGGAAGUGUGUUCCAGCCUACUUAUUCUGCAGAAGGCUCAUUUCACUACAGAAGAAACCCACUAGGAGACUUAAUGGAGAAUCUCGUUCCCCAUCCUGAAUUCAAGAUGCUGGGUGUUUGUAACAUUCCUCAGAUGUCUGCGAAUUCCCUGGCAUACAGCACGUUUACUUGGGCUGGUCUCCUCAAGCAUUUGAGACAGAUGCUAAUUUCAAAUGCGAAAAUGGAAGAAGGUAUUGAUUGGCAAGUUCGGCCUCCUUUGUCAGGACUUCCUCCUCCUGGUAAAACGUCUUUCAACAAGGAGCUUCAUUUUAACACUUCCAUUGCUAACUUGCUCAUCCUUCGUGGGAAAGAUGUGCAUAGUGCAGAUGUGGAGGGAUUUAAAGAUCCAGCUCUCUAUACUUCCUGGUUAGAGCCUGUUAAUGCUUUCAAAGUGUGGAAAACCCAGCGAGCCUUUAACAAAUAUGAGAAGUCUGCAGCGUUGGUCAGCAAUAGCCAGUUCUUAGUAAAACCACUUGAUGUGAUUGUGGGCAAAGCAUGGAAUAUGUUUGCUUCCAAAGCCUACAUUCAUCAGUACUCAAAAUUUGGAAUUCAAGAAGAGGACUUUUUGGACAGUUUUACAUUGUUAGAGCAGGUUGUUGCCAGUUACUGUAACCUCUGAUCUUGAACAAAGGGGAAAAGCAUCUUAAGGCAUUUUUGGACUAAAAUAUUUGCUUUUUAAAAAAAAAUUAUUUAUUUUUAAUUGUGCAUAUUUGUGGGAUAUGGUGUGUUGUCUUGUGGACUGAAAUAUUUUCAAUAUUGCUUUCUCUGUAAGGUUUUCAAAGUCCUUUCUGUUCAAAUAACAGAGUAGAAUGCUGAUUCCGCUCUGCAUACUGUACACACAGAAAAGGAAGAAAACUUUCGGAAUGGAGAAUAGCAUGUUUCAAUGAAAAUAUCUACUUGGUAUUUCAUUUGUAAGAAAAAAAUUGGUGCUUCUAUAAAGAAUUUUGGAAAUACUUUGCUGAGAUGUUGGAACUCUGGAACUAUCCAAGAAAAGGAAAUAUUCUGUUUGUCUCCAUGUUCCUAAAUCUUUCCUCUUUACUCCAAAAAGAAGUCACUAAAUAUGAACUAAACUUUCAAAGCACAAUUUUAAGCUAAGCAAUUGAAAUUCUGUACUUAAAUAUAUUCAUCUUUGAAAUGAAUGCUUUGAACCACAAGAGGGAGAUGUUGUCAAAUGCUACAGUGUGAACAUCUGGAACGUUUUGGAUAUUCUGUAACAGGGUAAGAUUUUCCACCGUAAGCAGCUAUUUAACAAUAAAUGUCAGGAUUUUGGUAGUAACUGCUUAU